AUGGCCCAUCCAUCAGGCUCUCAGGAGAAGUCCCUAGCACCCUCCCACACCUGCCAGGGACAGGCCUUCCUGCGGUUGCCUCUCCUCUUCCUCCUCCCACUAGCAGCAGGGCAGGCAGUGGCCACCAGCCUGCUGGGACUGGGGUUUGUGCAGGCUGAAUUUGAGUUGCUACAGCCGCUGACUGAAGGUCUCCGGAGCUGCCAACCGUCUCCUAGCAGUGGGGAUGUGGAGCUUUUUUUCUUGCUGUUGGCCACCUUUGUGUCCCACUAUGACAAAACGCCAAGGCUGCAGGUCUGCACAUUUUCUCCCACCAUAUGUGGACAAAGAAAGGUGGCAGCGAGUGAGAAGAUAGAUGGGGUGGGAAUGGUGAUGGACACAGGUGGGAUUUUCGAACAAACAGAUGGACCUGUUUCACUUGUUAGCGCUGAGGAGCUUGCCUUUAAAUUUGCUGUCAAUAACAUUAACAGAAACAGGACUUUGUUGCCAAACACAACAUUAACAUAUGACAUACAGAGGAUUAAUAUCUACGACAGUUUUGAGGCGUCAAGAAAAGCUUGUGACCAGCUAUCUUUAGGUGUGGUUGCAAUUUUUGGGCCCUCACAUAGUUCAUCGUCAAAUGCUGUGCAGUCCAUCUGCAAUGCGUUGGAAGUGCCACACAUCCAGGUGCGGUGGAAACAUCACCCCAUGGACAACAGGGACAGCUUUUAUGCCAAUUUAUACCCGGAUUAUUCUUCACUAAGCUAUGCUAUCCUGGACCUGGUGCAGUUUCUCAAAUGGAAAACAGCCACUGUCGUCUACGAUGACAGCACAGGUCUUAUACGACUACAGGAGCUGAUAAUGGCCCCAUCCAGGUACAACAUUAGGCUAAAGAUCCGUCAGCUUCCUCUUGACACACAGGAUACGAGACCACUUCUCAAAGAAAUGAAGAGAAGCCGGGAGUUUCGGAUAAUCUUUGACUGCAGUCACCACAUGGCCGCACAGAUUCUCAAACAGGCCCAGACCAUGGGGAUGAUGACAGAGUAUUACCACUAUAUCUUCACCACUCUGGACCUGAUGGCCAUUGACCUGGAGCCGUAUCGCUUCUGUGGUGUCAACAUGACCGGCUUCCGCAUCCUCAAUGUGGAUAAUCCCCAGGUCGCAUCCAUUGUGGAGAAAUGGUCGAUGGAAAGGCAGAUGCCCCCUAAACCUGACUCAGGCCUCCUGGAGGGCAUCAUGACGACAGAUGCGGCUCUGACCUAUGAUGCAGUCCACAUUGUAUCCGUCUCAUACCAGCACGCUCCACAGAUGACUGUAAACUCGCUGCAGUGCCACCGCCACAAACCCUGGAGAUUCGGAGGGCGCUUCAUGAGUUUUAUCAAAGAGUCCCACUGGGAUGGUUUGACGGGGAGACUGUCAUUCAACAAGACAAGUGGUCUACGUACAGACUUCGACCUGGACAUCGUCAGUCUAAAGGAGGACGGACUUGAAAAGGUGGGGAAGUGGAGUGUGUCGGGAGGUCUUAAUAUCACAGAGUUGCCAAAGCGAAAAGGGAUGAACAUCACUGAUUCCCUGGCUAACCGCUCCCUCGUCAUCACAACUAUUCUGGAGGAGCCAUACGUCAUGCUUAAGAAGUCUGACAAGGCGCUGGUUGGGAACGACCGUUUUGAAGGAUUCUGCAUCGACUUGCUCAAAGAGCUGGCCAACGUCCUGGGCUUCACGUAUGAGAUCCGCCUGGUGCCUGAUGGGAGAUAUGGCUCUCAGGACGACAAGGGCCAGUGGAACGGCAUGAUCAGGGAACUUAUAGAGCAUAGAGCAGACUUGGCAGUGGCUCCUCUCACCAUUACCUACAUGCGUGAAAAGGUCAUUGACUUCUCAAAGCCCUUCAUGAGCAUGGGAAUAAGCAUUGUGUAUCGCAAACCCAAUGCCACCAACAACGGCUUCUUCUCCUUCCUGAACCCUAUGACUCCUGACAUCUGGGUCUACAUCCUUUUGGCCUACCUGGGUGUUAGCUGUGUCCUUUUUGUCAUUGCCAGGUUCAGCCCGUAUGAAUGGUACGACGCUCAUCCUUGUAACCCCGGAUCAGAUGUGGUGGAGAACAACUUUACCCUCCUCAACAGCUUCUGGUUUGGAGUUGGUUCCUUAAUGCAACAAGGCUCAGAACUGAUGCCCAAAGCCCUGUCGACCAGGAUCAUCGGUGGGAUCUGGUGGUUCUUCACACUCAUCAUCAUAUCAUCCUAUACGGCUAAUUUAGCAGCUUUUCUCACUGUGGAGAGAAUGGACUCGCCUGUGGACUCAGCCGAUGACAUCGCUAAGCAGACCAAGAUUGAGUAUGGUGUGGUCAAAGAUGGCGCAACCAUGUCUUUCUUCAAGAAAUCUAAGGUUUCUACUUUUGAGAAGAUGUGGGCCUUUAUGAGCAGCAAGCCAAGCACAUCACUGGUAAAGUCUAUUGAGGAUGGGAUUCAGAGGGUGCUGAAGUCAGACUAUGCCCUCAUUAUGGAGUCCACAACUAUCGAUUACAUUACUAGGAGGAACUGUAACCUUACACAGGUGGGAGGGAUCAUCGACAGCAAAGGCUAUGGCAUCGGCACUCCCCUUGGCUCCCCUUACAGAGACAAAAUCACCAUAGCAAUCCUAAGCAUCUUGGAGGAUGGGCGCCUACACAUGCUGAAGGAGAAGUGGUGGAGUGGGAGCAGCUGCUUGGAUGAAGAGCGUCACGAGACGGGCCCCAUGGGUAUUCAAAACCUGGGUGGUAUAUUCAUUGUGCUGGCAUCUGGCCUAGUGCUGUCUGUUUUUGUGGCGAUUGCUGAAUUCAUCUACAAGCUAAGGAAGACUGCAGAUCGUGACCAGAGGUCUUUGUGCAGUGCCAUGGUGGACGAGAUCAGACUGUCGUUCACCUGCGAGAGGCGGGUGAAACACAAGCCUCAGCCUCCAGCCAUGGUGAAGACGGAUGCAGUGAUCAACAUGCACGCUUACAACGACCGACGACUCCCAGGAAAGGACAACUUGAGCUGCAGCACUGGGAUGACUCCCGUGUUCCCAUGACAAUGUGCUCCCCACAGGGCAAGACCCUCCUGAGCAACGUGUCAGGGGCCAUGCCAGAGACUAGAGACAAUGGCAUAGAUGGGAUCACCAGAUUCACCAUUAACCACAGUGACAUGGGGACACUAACAAAACAUGGGCAUCUCAAAAUGGCAGCAUCAGCCACACAGGUAUGACAACAUUCACCACUGUAUUCCAAAUCACAAGAGGUUAAAGUAACAAUUGGGGAAGGUUCUGGGAAAACAGUAUACCCAAAUAAUCAGUUUCAAGUCUGAUGUUUACGUGCGCAACACAAAAACACAAGAAAAUACACAUUGUUCAAGGAGUGCUCAAUCAGUGAAAAGACUGAGAAUUUUAUUGAAAAUAUGGACUGAAGAAGAAGAAAGUUUGUUAAAAAUGGCAAUAAAUGACAGAGGAAAAGGAAGAGCAGUUUUCAUUGGAGAUCAGUUUUGCUACACAUUACUAUUAUGAUAUCAAGUUCUCACCUUUAUCCUGCUAAUUUACACAAACUCCCGAAUGGCCUUUGAAGGCAGAAAAUAACGUUACCUCAAACAUGUUGUCGAGGCAAAAAUGGUUAUCUUUGAGUCAUAAGCUGAAGGAAAUGAGACAGGACCUUUUGAAAGCAUGGUUCACAGGUACACAUGUGAUAACCUGUAAGAAAACUCUUUAAGUAUCUGCAGUAUUGUUGUUGUUGGAAACCCAUAGAGACACAACUGUUCAGCAGUAAAUAUGUUUGUUAAAGUUGUCAUGUGAAAUUAACUAUAUUGUUACACACAAGCAAAUACUCAUUGAUGAAGAGAUUGAUUUGAGCAAAAGUACAUUUUAUGUCAAAAUUAUUUUGUACAUGGUUGUAUUUUAAUCAGUUUAAUAUUGAUUGCCAAAGAUCUGACCAUUCAACAGAACUAGAUACAGUACAGUAUAGGCCAGUACCUUCUAAUUUUUUCUUUUUAGAGAGCACUAAUCUUGCAUUCAAUGCAAAGUAAAUUGAAGUGGUUUAAAUGGGACGAUUAAGGGAUCUUGCUAUAACAG